AUGGGAAUUCCUUUCAAAUGUUGCAAGAAUAAAGAAUUCAGCAACCUAUGCUGUAUUAAAUGUCUAGACGUCUAUCAUCCCUCUUGUAUCGACAGAAAAAAAUACAGCAAACAACUAGGAGGUCACAAGAUAUACUGCUCUGAAAGUUGUGAAAAACUCGACGCAGAAGAAAAGCGUCAUAAAGACAUUCUACAAGGAAUAAAUUCGAAACUGAAACAGGAGAAUCAUGAAAAGAUGAUGUUUAUUGAAAAAUUAGAAAUUCAAUCAAUGGAAAGGGUAGAAGAACUACAACUUACUAUUGAUAAACUUACAGUUGAGAUAAAAGAAAAAGAUACUUAUAUCAAGAGGAUACAACGCAGGACACAGGAUUUUGAAAGUGAAAUAGCUGAACAGGAAAACAGAGAUGAUCGAAUAUUCAAAGAACAAAUGGAUAAGAUGACAAAAUUGAAUACAGAAUUAAAAAAUCUUAAACAAAAGGAAUAUAUGUACGAAGAAGAAAUUGAAACAAAAACCCUUAUGGUACGCACUUUAGAGAAUGAUAUAAAAGAACUGAAUAUUCUUAGCCGUAACAUGGUGGAAACAAUCAGAAUAAUAGAAUUACAAAAUGAAAGAUAUUGUAAGGAACUAACUGAGUUAUCCAAAGAGCUAAACCAAUAUAAACAAGGUGAUAGUCAAUACAAAGCUGCGAGGGUAAAAACAUCAAAUGACAAAAUGGUAAUAGAAGAAAUGCAGCUCGAACAAGUAGACGAACAUCACGUGAAACGAAGAGACAAUAGUUCAGAAACAAUAAAUAAUGGAAAAUUGAGGAAACUCGCACGGGUGGAUAAUGGUGUAAAGAAUAUGGAGGUUAGAAAUGACAGUAAAAUUGAAUUUGGAACUAAACUCAAAGAAGACAUCAAAAAUAAAAUAUUGAUACUAAGUGAUCAGUACGGUCGAGGUUUGGGUAAAACUCUUCAAUUUCAUAUGGGAUGUACUACUGUCCAAACCAUAACCAAACCUAACGCAAAGUAUGAACAUAUUAUCAACAAUGCUGUGAAACUAUCAGAGGACUUCACUUUAGCUGAUAAUAUGGUAAUCAUAGCGGGGUACAAUGACUUUCAACAAGGAAAAUAUCCUUCAUUCAGGAACAUUAAUGAUAUUAUAUAG